UUCCAAGCGAAAGAUCUGCUUUGAACCAUCACCGCCAAAAGAGUAGAACAUCCUUGGCUGUCAACAUGUCGCGGACUGAAGCACUUCAAUCGUUGUUGUUGCACGAACUGAAUGACAAUGAAAUUAUCUCGAACACCUCGGACCUUGUUUUUGAAGGAAAGAAAGUGACUCUGCAAGAUGCUCAGUCGGCUAUUUUGUCGCUCGCUGCUAAGAGCAUGAUUGAAUUCGAGAGACAUGAGCUCGAUGUUUUUGUUUUGACUCAGGAAGGUGAGCUGGUUUGCAAGGAAGGAUCUCACGAAGCUCGCGUUUUCCAAGAAAUUUGUCAAUCCAUGAACGGUUUGACCAUUGAUGAGUUGAAGAGCAAACUCGGAAACAGCGCUGGUGUUGGUCAAGGAAAGGCCUUCAAGAUGGGUUGGAUUCGUAAGGAAGGUGCGAAGCUCGUCAAGAACACUGACACUAUUGUCGACGAUACCCAAUCCAAGCUUCAAAAAAUCAAGGAUGUCGGCAAGCUGGACGACACAAAGGCUUUGAAUGAACUCAAGAAAAGAAAGUUGAUUGAGAAGAGCAAGGUCGUCUACUUCUCCGUGAAGAAGGGACCAAAGUUCUCACUUACUGUUGAGAAACUUGAGGCCGAUCUUACUUCCGAAAUGCUUACCAAUGGCUCUUGGAAGGAGAAGAAGUUUAAAGACUACAACUUUGCUGCUGAUGGCGUUCCUCCUCGUGGUGGUUGUUUGCAUCCCCUUAUGAAGGUUCGUGAGGAGUUCCGCAGAUUCUUCUUUGAACUCGGUUUUACUGAAAUGCCUACUGAUCAAUUCGUUGAAAUUGGUUUCUGGAACUUUGACGCUCUUUACGUCCCCCAACAACACUCUGCCCGUGAUGCUCAGGACACAUUCUUUUUGAAGAAGCCUGCUGCAGCUGAAAAGCUUCGUGAAACCGACUAUGUUGCCAGUGUAAAGAAUACUCACGAGAAUGGUGGUGUCUCUGGUGGCAUCGGUUACCGUGCUCCCUGGUCGGAGGAAGAGUCGAAGAAGUUGGUUUUGCGUACACACACCACUGCCGUUUCCUCCCAGAUGCUUUACAAGCUUGCCAAGGAUGGUUUCAAACCCUGCAAGUAUUUCUCCAUCGAUCGUGUCUUCCGUAACGAGACUGUUGACGCUACUCAUCUUGCUGAGUUCCACCAAGUUGAAGGUGUUAUUUGUGAUAAAAACCUGACUUUGGGUGACCUUAUUGGUUUCAUGAAGGUUUUCUUUGGUAAAAUGAACGCUCGUGAGCUGCGUUUUAAGCCUACGUACAACCCAUACACUGAGCCUUCUUUGGAAAUUUACUCUUACCACGAGGGCUUGGGCAAGUGGGUGGAGAUUGGUAACAGUGGUCUGUUCCGUCCCGAGAUGCUUUCGGCCAUGGGUCUCCCUGAAGAUGUUCGUUGCAUUGGUUUUGGUUUGUCACUUGAGCGUCCUACCAUGAUCAAGUACGAAAUUAACGAUAUCCGUCAAUUGAUGGGUCCUAGAGUCGAUCUGGAAUUAAUUGAGGCCAGCCCCAUCGUCCGUCUCGACAAGUAAAACACAUUGUUCGUGGAAAAGUCUAAAUGUAAUUCCUGUCGACAGUCCCAAGACCCGUGUGUGUGUUGUUUUUUUGAGUGUUUGCAUACCACUACUAGUAUACACACAAGAUUUACCCACUAAGCAUACUAGAACUACCACUUAUGUCGUUGACACUCCAAGUCUGUCUACAUAGAAAAAGAAAUAUGAACAUUAAAACUAUAUGUGGUUAUCUCUGGGGGGAAUUCGUUACCAAAUGCGGAAGUAGUGAUGGGGG